UUUCGAGAAUAUCGAGGGGCGCUAGGUUCACUGCCGGCCGCAGUUAGGUUACACAACGUGCACGGGUUUUCGAGCGUGCGUUGCCGGCGGAUUCGCGUAUAGACUCGUGACUGCAAGGAGACUACACAACCAUGGCUGCAGCAAACGCUAUGAAGAGGCUUAUUCCUCUUUUUGACAGAGUCCUUGUACAAAGGGCUGAGGCAAUAACCAAAACGAAAGGUGGCAUUGUACUGCCAGAAAAAGCACAAGCGAAGGUUCUGCGAGGCACGGUUGUAGCGACGGGACCUGGCGCAAGGAACAACAAAGGAGAGCACGUGCCUUUGAGUAUUAAAAUUGGAGAUAUUGUGUUACUUCCUGAAUACGGUGGUACAAAAGUUGAACUCGAUGAUAACAAGGAAUACCACUUGUUCCGUGAAUCGGAUAUAUUAGCCAAAGUAGAAGCUUAAGUUACGCGUCAUUUUAAGUUACGUUUUCAGUUUUGUAAAUGAUGUGAACCAUUUCUUGGAAACCUAAUAUGCAGCAAGAAGAUACAGGUGUAUCUAAGAUAUAUAAGAAAAUGCAAUCUCACAGAUAAUUGAAAGUUAUCUGCCAAAAAUAUAUCAAUAAAAUUCAUAAAAAGACCUAAUUUCUUAGAGAAUCUGUUGCUGCUCGAGGAAGUUGUUUCUUAUUCUACAUGUACAUACAAUUUUCUGACAAAAUAAAACGUUUGUCUAUUGU